ACAUGUACUGCUAAAAGCUGCCACACAGGGGAUGGAGUGAAUACCUAUGCAGAAAACAUCAGGAUUGUCCUCUUUAUGGGCAGAACACUGACAUUUUCCUUAAAAAGAAAACUGCAAAAGAUACAAGAGAAUAAGACUCCACAUUUGCACAUUUGCUUUGAAACAAGGAUGUUCCCAGGGGGUGUGAAGGACUCAGGUAUGCUGCAACUGCUCUGGAUAGUAACUGUGUGCUGCCUGUACUCCCCUGCAUCAGGUACAUACCCCAAUCUAUCAAGGUCCAGAAGUCACAGGCAGCUCAUUUCAUCUUCCAACCAGCCUGGACUAUGUCGAUUCGGCUCCAGAACUGAGUGCUGCUAUGGGUGGAAGAGAAACAGUUUAGGACAAUGUGAAGCUAUCUGUGAAGAAGGCUGCAAGCAUGGAGAAUGUGUGGGACCAAACAAAUGCAAAUGCUUACCAGGAUUUACUGGCAGAACUUGCAGCCAAGAUAUGAAUGAAUGCGGCCUUAAUCCACGGCCUUGUGAGCACAGGUGCAUGAAUACAUAUGGCAGCUACAAGUGUUAUUGUCUGAAUGGCUACAUGGUGAUGCCAGACGGCUCCUGUUCAAAUUCCAGGACCUGUGUCAUGGCAAACUGCCAGUAUGGUUGUGAAGAAGUCAAGGGCGAGGUAAGGUGCUUAUGCCCAUCAAGUGGGCUUCAGCUGGGACCAGAUGGAAGAAACUGUGUAGAUAUUGAUGAAUGUGCUCUUGGCAAAGUUACCUGUCCGUUCAACCGUAGAUGUGUAAACACAUUUGGAAGCUACUACUGCAAAUGUCAACACGGCUUUGAAUUAAAAUAUGUGAAUGGCAGAUAUGACUGUAUAGAUAUAAACGAGUGCUUGAUGAAGACUCACAAGUGUAGUGUGCACAGCGACUGUCUCAAUACUCCUGGCUCCUUUAAGUGUCGGUGUAAGCAGGGAUACAAGGGCAGUGGAUAUGAGUGUUCUGCUAUUCUGGACAAACCUGUGAAAGAAAGCCCAAAUAUUAUUGGAAGCGCUAAAGACACAAUCAAGAAACUGCUUGCACAUAAGAACAGUCUAAAAAGGAAUGAAGAGAUCAAGAACCUGAUACCUGAGGUAAACCUCACACCACCUCCUAAGACCCGUCUGCAGCCAUUUGAUUAUGAAGAUGGAGUCUACAUUGGUGGCAAGAACAAAGAAGAAGAAGAAGAAGGAGGACAGGAAGAAGACGAAGAUGAGGAUGAAGAUGACUUAGAAGAGGAAGACCUUGAAAAUAUAAUUGACCAAGACAAAGUACUAAGGGGCGAUGUGUUUGCUCCUCAGGUUAGAAGAGAAGUUGCUCCCCUUUCAGUACAUAAAACAGCUCCUCGGUUCAGCUCAGAAGAGGCGCCCAUCGACUGCAGCUUUGAUCAAGGUGCUUGUGACUGGAUCCAGGAUUCCCAAGAUGAUUUUGAUUGGAAACAUGUAGAUCGAAGCAAUGGCGCCGGUUAUUAUAUGGCAGUUCCUGCAUACGUCGGGCAAAAGAAAGAAAUUGGGCGUUUGAAACUACCCCUUACGGGCUUGAAGACAGGGAGCAGGUUUUGUUUGAUAUUCACAUUCCGAAUUGUGGGAGACAGAGUAGGAAAAAUGCGUGCAUAUAUAGAUGGAAACAGCACCUCGGUGUGGGAAGAAAACAGAAAUACAGAAGAUGGAUGGAGAACAGCAAGGAUUGAAAUACCUGAGCCAACAGGCAGAGUCACUAGCCAUAUUACCUUUGAAUGUGAACGCGGUAAAGGCAAAGCUGGAGAAAUGGGCUUGGACAAUGUUUUCCUUAUUUCCGGGUCAUGCACUGAGGACUGAGACAGGGUCAUUUAACCAGAAGUCAAUCAUUAUAGUUUUACAAAAUAUUUGAAAUAAAGAUGGAUUUGCCUUAUACUUCUUAUAUAAAAUCCAACUCUCUACCUUCCUAGUUAAAAUAAAAAUGGGCUAUAUGUUGUGUUAACUGUUUUUUAAAUGAUUCACCAUUUUAAUAAAGAAUUUGCACUAAUGUCACUGGUCAUAUGUACUUAGAACAUAGUAUUUACCAAAAAAAGAA